GAGCUCGAACAGAUGGCGAAGGAGCAAGAUAAAGAGUCGGAGAAACAAGCCUUGCUGCGGGAAGUGGAAAACCAUAAGAAACAAAUGCUCAGCAAUCAGGCAGCUUGGAGAAAGGCAAAUCUAGCUUGCAAAAUUGCUAUCGACAACUCUGAGAAAGAUCAACUGCUGCAGGGAAGAGACUCCUUAAGACAAAGGAAGACUACAAAGGAAAGUCUGGCAGAGAGUGCAAGUAACAUCACGGAGAGUCUGAUGGGCAUUAGCAGGAUGAUGUCACAGCAAGUCCAGCAGAGUGAGGAGACCGUGCAAACCCUAGCCAAUUCUUCACGAACCAUCCUGGAAGCAAAUGAAGAAUUUAAGUCCAUGUCUGGGACAAUUCAGCUGGGGCGAAAGCUAAUAACAAAGUACAAUCGCAGGGAACUGACGGACAAGCUGCUAAUCUUUCUCGCCCUUGCCUUAUUCCUGGCUACGGUGCUCUAUAUUUUGAAAAAAAGACUCUUUCCAUUUUUGUAAAAUUCCAAAGCUAAACUGAACUAUUACAAAAGAUCAGAAAGAGAUGGAAUAAUAACGGUAGGGCUUUUAAAUAAAAUAAUGAAGGGAUAUUGCAAUAGCUGAAGGAGCGUUAAAGCAGGCAUGACUUUAUACUGUCCUCGUGGAGUGUGCGACCUGCAUAAGAAGAGCUCAAAUGAGAACGAGUUGGGAAGAAG